GACCAGUUCACCCAGUGAGCUGCAGCUGGGGGAGGGGGGGUCACAUGCUGAGGAGGUUUUAAAGUCAGACGAAGCCGAACCUCCAUCAUCCCUCAGAAAGAACGCUGCAGGAGAGCCUCAGACAGCAAGAUGUCUCGUUUUCUGGACAUGAAGGAGUUUGGGGAAGCUGCUCGUUUUCUCCGCCUUUCCAACCUGGAGCAGCUGGCUGCCAGGGCCCAGGCCUUUGAUGGGACGAAGCGUGUUUGGAUGCCAGAUGAAGCUGAAGCGUACGUUGAGGUGGAGGUCAGAGAGCUGGAUGGAGACAAGGCAACGGUGGAGACCAGAGAUGGACGGUUUCUGGUCGUUAAAGAAAAUGAGCUGCAGCCGCUGAACCCUCCGAAGUUUGACAUGAUGGAGGACAUGGCCAUGCUGACCCAUCUAAAUGAACCUGCAGUGCUCUUCAACCUCCGGAGGAGAUACAGCAUGUGGAUGAUCUAUACGUACUCCGGUCUGUUCUGUCUGGCGGUGAAUCCCUACAAAUGGCUGCCGGUUUACUCUGCAGCCGUGGUUACAGCCUAUAAAGGGAGGCGCUAUGCAGACAUGCCCCCCCACAUCUACGCUGUAGCUGACAAUGCCUACAGCGACCUGCUAAUAAAUCGAGAGAACCAGUCGAUGCUCAUCACCGGAGAGUCCGGAGCAGGAAAAACUGUCAACACCAAGAGGGUGAUCCAGUACCUAGCAACCGUUGCUGCUCUGGGAGGAAAUGUGAAGAGAGAACGCUCCUUAGAGGACCAGAUCGUUGAAGCCAAUCCAGCAAUGGAGGCAUUUGGAAAUGCCAAAACCAUCCGGAAUGACAACUCGUCUCGCUUUGGAAAGUUCAUCAGGAUUCAUUUUGGUCCAAGUGGGAAGUUGGCUUCUGCUGACGUCAACAUCUAUCUUCUGGAAAAAUCCAGAGUCGUGUUUCAGCAACCAGGAGAGAGAAGCUACCACAUCUACUACCAGAUUCUGUCCAAUCAAAAGCCAGAGCUGCAAGACAUGCUGCUGGUGACGACCAACCCGUACGACUAUCACUUCUGCUCCCAGGGGGUGACCACGGUGGAGGGGAUCUGUGACGACCAGGAGCUGAUCCUCACUGACCGAGCCAUGGACACACUGGGCUUCACUCCAGAGGAGAAGUAUGGCUGCUAUAAAAUCGUUGGAGCCAUCAUGCACUUCGGGAACCUGAAGUUCAAGAAGAAACAGAGAGAGGAGCAGGCGGAGGCUGAUGGAACAGAAAGUGCUGACAAGGCAGCGUACCUGAUGGGCAUCAGCUCCUCCGAGCUGCUGAAGGGACUCCUGAACCCAAGAGUGAAAGUUGGAAAUGAGUUCAUAGUGAGAGGGCAGACUGUGGAGCAGGUGAACUACGCGGUGGCAGCUCUGGCCAAAGCCACGUACGACCGAAUGUUCAAGUGGAUGGUGGAACGAAUCAACCUGUCUCUGUACACCGCUCUGCCUCGUCAGUACUUCAUAGGAGUGCUGGACAUUGCUGGGUUCGAGAUCUUUGAGCUCAACAGCUUUGAACAGUUGUGCAUCAACUUCACCAACGAGAAGCUGCAGCAGUAUUUCAACCACCACAUGUUCAUCCUGGAGCAGGAGGAGUACAAGACUGAAGGGAUUGAGUGGACCUUCAUAGACUAUGGCCUGGACUUACAGGCCUGCAUCGACCUGAUAGAGAGGCCAAUGGGAAUCCUGUCCAUCAUGGAGGAGGAGUGCAUGUUCCCCAAAUCCACCGACCACAGCUUCAAAACCAAGUUAUAUGACAAUCAUCUGGGAAAAUCUCCUAACUUCCAAAGACCACGGCCUGACAGGAAGCGCAAAUAUGAGACGCACUUUGAGCUGGUUCACUACGCUGGAGUGGUUCCGUAUAACAUCACAGGUUGGCUGGAUAAGAACAGAGAUCCUCUGAAUGAGACGGUGGUCACUUUGUUCCAGAAAUCAUCCAAUAAGCUCAUGGCUGCGCUUUAUGAGACCUACCUGUGCUCUGAAACAGCUGCAGACCACAAGGGGGAGACCAAACAGAGGAGGAGAAAGGCUGCAUCUUUCCAGACUGUUUCACAGAUUCACAAGGAGAACCUGAACAAGCUGAUGGCGAAUCUCCGCAGCACUAAGCCUCACUUUGUUCGCUGCAUCAUCCCCAACGAGAGCAAGAGUCCAGGGGUAAUGGAUCCUUUCCUGGUCCUCCAUCAGCUGAGGUGUAACGGAGUCCUGGAGGGGAUUCGGAUUUGCAGGAUAGGCUUUCCAAACCGGAUCAUUUAUGCUGAAUUCAGACAGCGAUAUCGGAUCCUGAACCCGUCUGCCGUCCCAGAGGACUCCUAUAUGGACAGCAGGAGGGCUACAGAAAAGCUACUGGGCUCUAUGGACAUCGAUCACACCCAGUACAAGUUUGGACAAACAAAGGUUUUCUUUAAGGCUGGUUUGUUGGGACAGCUGGAGGACAUGAGGGACAGCCGUCUGUCCCACAUCAUCACCGCUGUCCAGGCCCUGUGCCGAGGGAAGCUAAUGAGGUCGGAGCUGCAGGAGCUGAGGAUGAAAAGGGAUGCUUCCAUGGUCCUCCAGUUCAACAUCAGGGCCUUCUUCUCUGUGCGGACUUGGCCCUGGAUGAUGCUGUUCUAUAAGCUCCGCCCACUGCUGAAGAGUGCCCAGGUGGAGAAGGAACUGGCCGCUCUGAAAGAGGACUUUGCUAAGCUGAAGGAGGCAUUUGAAAGGUCGGAGACGAAGCGCCAGGUAGCGGAGCAGCUGCAGGUGGCGAUGGUCCAGGAGAAGAGGGAUCUGGCUCUGCAGCUUCACGCUGAGCAGGACAACCUGAUGGACGCAGAGGAGCGCUGCAACCAGCUCAUCCAAUCUAAAGUCUCCCUGGAGUCAAAGCUGAAGGAGAUGCAGGAGCGUUUGGAGGAUGAGGAGGAGGUGAGUGCCAGCCUGACAUCCAGGAAGCGUCAGCUGGAGGAGGAGGUGCUGAUGCUGAAGAGAGACGUGGACGACCUGGAAAUGACUCUAGCCAAGGUGGAGAAGGAGCGACACAGUGUAGAGAACAAGGUCAAGAACUUAACCAAUGAGAUGCGAGUCCUGGAUGAAUCGGUGGCGUCACUGAGCAGAGAAAAAGCUGCCCUCCUGGAGGCUCACCAGCAGGUCCUGAUUGACCUUCAGGCUCAGGAGGACAAGGUCAACAUCCUGGCGAAGGUUAAAGCGCGGCUGGAGCAGCAGGUGGAAAACGUGGAAACGUCUCUAGAGCAGGAGAAGAAGGCCCGAGCUGACCUGGAGCGUACCAAGAGGAAACUGGAGGGGGACUGGAAGCUCUCCAUGGACUCAGUGAAGGACUUGGAGAAGCAGAGGGAAGACAUGGAGGACAGAUUGAAGAAAAAAGACUUUGAGUUGGGUCAGGUCCAUGAAAAGCUGGAGGAUGAGCAAACUUUGAAUGUUCAGCUUCAAAAAAGAAUCAAAGAGCUUCAGACCCGCAUUGAGGAGCUGGAGGAAACCCUGGAGGCGGAGCGGGCGUGGCGCGUCAAGGCGGAACGCCAGAGGAACGACGUGGCAAAAGAGCUGGAGGAGCUGGGAGAGACGCUGGAGGAGGCAGGAGGAGCUUCAGCGGCUCAGAUCGCCCUCAACAGGAAGCGGGAGGCAGACUUCCAAAAGAUGCGGCGGGACCUGGAAGAGGCGGGGCUUCACCACGAGGCGAUAGCAGCCGGUCUCAGGAAGAAGCACUCGGACACGGUGGCAGAGCUCAGCGAGCAGAUAGACGCUCUGCAGCGAGUCAAACAAAGACUGGAGAAGGAAAAGACAGAGAUGCGCCUGGAGGCCGAUGACCUGGCGGCUAACGUGGAGCAGCUAAGCCGAGCGAAGGGGGCUCUGGAGAAGAUGUGCAGAGUGUAUGAAGACCAGCUGAAUGAAAGCAGGAGCAGAGCUGAUGAGCUGCAGAGGCAACUGGCUGAAGUUUCUGCUCAGAAAGCUCGAGCUCUAACAGAAGCCGCUGAGUGCAGCCGGCGUCUAGAGGAACGGGAGGCUCUGAUUGGUCAGCUGCAGCGCUGCAAGGCUAACCUUAGUCAGGAUACGGAGAACCUGAAGAAGCAAAUGGAGGAAGACUGCAAGGCUCGCGUGGCUCUCGCUCACGCCGUGCAAGCGUCCCGCCAUGACUGCAGUCUGCUGACGGGGCAGCUGGAGGAUGAGCAGGAGGCCAAAGCUGAACUGCAGAAGGCCUUAUCUAAAGCCAACAGUCAGGUGGUGGAGUGGAGAACCAAAUAUGAGACCCAAGCUGUGCUGAAGAUAGAGGAGCUGGAGGAAGCAAAGAAGAAGUUAGUUGUGAAACUGCAGACUGCUGAAGAAGCGGUGGAGGCCGCUCAGGCUAAAUGUUCGUCUCUUGAGAAAACCAAGCAGCGUCUCCAGGCUGACAACGAUGACCUCACAGCUCAACUGGAGCGCUCCACUGCUGCAAACCUGGCUCUGGACAAGAAGCAGCGGACCUUUGACAAGCUGCUGAGUGACUGGAAGAUGAAGUUUGAGGAAAGCCAGAUGGAGCUGGAGACGUCUCAGAGAGACUCUCGCAGUCUGAGCACAGAGCUCUUCAAACUAAAGAGCAGCUAUGAAGAAGCUCUGGACCAUCUGGAGACGGUUAAACGAGAAAAUAAAAACCUGCAAGAUGAAAUCCUUGAGCUAACGGACCAGAUUAGUGAGGAAGGAAAGACCAUUCAUGAGCUGGAGAGGAUGAAGAAGGUUCUGGAUGUGGAGAAAAGCAGCAUCCGAGCAGCUCUGGAAGAGGCUGAGGGCACACUGGAGCACGAGGAGGGCAAGAACCUGAGAUUCCAGAUGGAGCUGCAGCGGAUUCGAAAUGAGAUAGACCAGAAGAUUGCCGAGAAAGAUGAAGAGCUUGAUACCCUCAGGAGGAACCAUCAGCGAUCUCUGGAGGGCAUGCAGACCAGUUUGGAGGCAGAAAGCCGCGCUCGCAUGGAAGCCGUCCGUCUGAAGAAAAAGAUGGAAUCAGACCUGAAUGAGAUGGAGGUCCAGUUAGCACACGCUAACCGGCAGUCAGCUGAGAGCCAGAAGAUCAUCAGACACCUGCAGACCCAGGUGAAGGAGCAGCAGGUGGAGCUGGAGGACAAAGUCCAGGUGGCCAACCAGCUGCAGGAGCAGGUCAUUGUGUUGGAGCGCAGCUGUGCACUGAUGACAGCAGAGGAGGCGGAGCUAAGAGGCGUCCUGGAACAGACAGACCGCGCCCGAAAGAUGGUUGAAAGUGAUCUGGUUGAGGCGUCCGAGAGAGUAAACCACCUCACGGUGCAGAACGCGGCUCUGCUGAACCAGAAGAGGAAGCUGGAGACGGACCUGUCCCUGCUGACAGGACAGGUGGACGAGGCCAUGCAGGAGAGCCGCAGCGCUGAGGAGAAAGCCAAGAAGGCCAUCACUGACGCGGCUGUGAUGGCCGAGGAGCUGAAGAAGGAGCAGGACAGCAGCAAUGUUCUGGAGAGGAUGAAGAGGAGCAUGGAGUCCACAGUGAAAGACCUGCAGCUGAAACUGGACGAGGCGGAGCAGACGGCCCAGAAGGGAGGAAAGAAGCAGCUUCAUAAACUGGAGACCAGGGUCCGCCAGCUUCAGCUGGAACUGCUGGAGGAGAAAAAGAGGAGCGAGGAGUAUGAGAAGGAAGUCCGCCGCUAUGAGAGGAGAGUCAAAGAGCUGAUGUACCAGUCGGAGGAGGACAGGAAGACCUUAGUGAGGAUGCAGGAGCUGAUCGAGAAGCUUCAGAGCAAAGCCAAGAGCUACAAGAGACAAGCUGAGAACGCUGAGGAGCAGGUGAGCAGCACCACCGUGCGCUUCAGAAAGAUCCAACAUGAGCUGGACGACGCCGAGGAGAGAGCCGACAUCGCCGAGACGACCGUCAACAAGCUGCGGAUCCGAACCCGCGAACCCGCUGUGGCUCUGCUCAGCCCCACUCAGACGGGCCUCUAGGCCCACAGCACUGCUGCCUCCUUCAUCCUCAUCAUCCUCAGUCCUGAUCCCUCCGGCUGAAGGAUGAUGAUCAAUGUUUGCUUUGCUCUGUACUUCGGUAUUUCCUGGUUUCACUAAUAAACGAUUGAUUGCUGCAG